UGGUCACCAGUCAACGAUGGACCUCUCCACGCUGACGAGAUUGGCUGUCUUCCAGCCCUGGCGGCCGACGCACCAAUCGAACAAGUCCGUAAACAUCUUGAAGAGGACGGAUACAUUCACAUCAAAGGCGUCAUUUCUAGACAAGACGUACUCAGAGCCCGCGAAGAAUACUUCAAGCUUCUUUCACCUACUGGCGUACUUCAGCCUGGGACAGAACCUGUUCAGGGCAUCUUCAACGAUGCCAAAGAUGCUCGCGAUUACCCUGAAAUAGGCGCGGGCUCUUCGGGACUUGGUCGUGGCCAAGAAACUACCACCAAGUUCGUUGACCUUGCUAUCAAAGCGCAUACUGAGCCUUGGUAUAAGGAUGUCUUCUGCAAGCACCCAGCACUACACGAAUAUGUGCAAAAGUUGACUGGUUGGGGCGAGGAUACUNNCGCGAUUCAGCGAACAUUUUUACUGAACAACACUCCUGGAAACAAAGCGAUUGGUGUCCACUACGAUCAGAUCUUCCUCCGCUAUGGCAAGGAUACGACUUUGACAGCUUGGGUGCCUAUGGGUAAUAUUGCGAUUGACGGAGGUGGAUUGAUCUAUCUCGAAAGGAGCCAUACUCUAGGUGCCGAGAUCGANGCAAGAAUUUACAGAAAAAGCCACGGAGCAGGGAUGAGUGAGAAAGAGGCUAAGGAUGCAUUCAACCAGAACAUGAUGUCUACAGGCUUCUUGACCGACGGUCCAGCCGAGUUUGGACGUGCCCAUAAAAGAAGGUGGCUACUUACAGACUACGAGGCUGGUGAUGUUGUCUUCCACAACACCUAUGCUAUCCAUGCUUCGACAAUCAACCAUGAUCCUUCCAACGUCAUUAGGCUUGGUACAGACCUUCGCUUUGUCAACUCGAAAGAACAAUGGGAUACCAGAUGGGCUAAGUCAUAUGACCCGACCGACGGCAUC